CGAAGUACAAUUAUCAUCCAAGUAAAUAGUGGAUUACCAUAACAGAAAAUGGUUUCAUAAAAAUUAUUGAUUCCAUGAUUAUAAAAAAGAUUGGUAGACAUUCAAUGUAAUCGCGGUUUCACGUUACCCGAGAAGUCUGCUACCUAUAUGUAAACAUUUUACAAUAAAAUAAGAAAUUAAAAUUGAAGGUGAAAACUAAUCGUGAAUCAAUGAUAAUUUUGAGAGUUUUACUAGUGAAGUUUAAACAUCUUGGCAUAAUUUAAUAAAAAUGGUUGAAAAUCAAGAAGAAGUCAAUUAUGCAAAAUUAGCUCGAACAGAGUAUUUUAAAAAACUGCAAGCAUGGAUCGACAAAGUGUAUGCUUCACAAGCAUUAAUUUAUUCUGGUCCCUUCAUAGAGUUGCAAGCUAGUCAAGUCAUUAAUGGUUCUAUGCCAAAUUUAGCACCUUCAAAUAUAAGGAUAUCAACAGAAAGUACAAAUACAAAUACAAAUGCCAAUAAUCAAGAAAGACAAGAUGAAAGAUUUCACCAAAGACGAACAAAUGAGGCCAGAACAGCAGAAGUACCAGCAGGAAAUUUGACAGGUGUCACAUACAAAAUUCCUCCUAUAUGGAAAAGAUUUGUUGCUGAAUUAAUUGAUUCUAUACUAUUGUUUGUUUUGAAGUUGUCUUUGACCUUUAUUGCUGUGGAUUUAUUUGAUUUUAUUGACUUCAAACGAUACUAUACAGAAAUGCUUCAAACCAACCUCAGAGUAGUUGAUUACAAAAUGGCUCUAGAUUUAACAUCAGGUUUAACAAUUAUAGAACUAAUUCAUAGAGUGUUUGUGUGCAUAUUCGAGGCAUCGUGGUUGCAACACGGAAGAAAUGGUCAUAUUGGUGGUGCAACGCCAGGGAAAUCUUUGAUGAAGAUUAAAGUAGUUUCAUGCCAAAAUAUUACACAGAUUGGUCGUCCAGAAGACGAACUGGUAUUAGUAGUUCCUGGAAACGAUUUGGGUUUGCUACCAGCAUUAGGAAGAUCUAUUUUAAAAAAUUUGGUUUUAGCCUUUUUCCUUCCUAUAUCAUUUGCUAUGUGCUUUUUCAAAUUUAAUCGAACUUUUUAUGAUUUGAUUUGUAAUACUAUUGUUGUUGAAGAUCCUCAUAGAAAUGGGAAUAACAAUGUUCCCAACCAAAAUGUAAAUAACAAUAACAACAACAACAACAACAACAACAACAACCAAAACUUCAAUAACAAUAACAAUGCAAACUUUUAUGAUAAUAAUGUAAGAGUGCAUCAAGAUUAAUUAAUUUUUUUGCUCAAGGGUCGAUGUAAAUAGAUUGUAAAACUUAAUUCAAUUCAAUAUCUUUGAAUGCAACAGAAAAAAGGUAAUACUUUUGAAAAAGAGAAUUUAAGCCUAAGUGUAUGAUUUUUUCUGACAAAAAGCCUAUUUUACCAUAUUUAUAGUCAUUUUGGUGCUUUACUUGCUGUGUAUAAGUAUUGUGAAUUGAUAAAACAUGGAGAGUUGGAUAUCAUUUACAUCUAUGUAAACAAUAACUAAUUCAUAAUAAUUGAAAAUCACGAUUAUUUUUCUAGAAAAAUAAAAUAUUUCUUAAUAUAA